UUCCUCUCUCUCUCUCGUUCUGUGUUAUUACAGUAUGUUGAGGGAAUAAUGCGGUCAGGGGCCCAGCGGGGAGAGAGAGAGAGAGGGAGAGGAACACAGAUCUCAUCCAGCUGCUCCACUGUAAACAGCAGCAGUCCGGCGCACACCAUCAUCUCCAGCGCAGAUCCGCUCUGUCCUUCCGCGGUCAGAGAUUCAGGGUCCCGCAGCUUGAAGACUUUAUACGCACUUUAAUGAGACUCCGUGGCUCCGCGGAGCGCCGGAAGGAGAGGGGAGAGGAGGGGGAGGAGGAGGCGCGGGGAGGCCGCGGAGGGGCUCCGGAGAUGCCGAGGGGGGCAGAGACGGAGAAACCGAAAGAGCGAGAGAUGGCGGCGGGAGGAAUCACCACGCUCCCGGCCUCACCGGACGACGGGGCGAGCGGAGGCUUUACUCCGGGGAACUUUAAGGAGCCCAAGCGCCUGUACUGCAAAAACGGCGGCUACUUCCUUCGGAUCCACCCGGACGGCCGGGUGGACGGGAUCCGCGAGAAGAGCGACCCGCACAUUCGGCUGCAGCUUCAAGCCACGGCUGUCGGUGAGGUGGUGAUCAAAGGGAUCUGUGCGAACCGUUAUCUCGCCAUGAAUGCGGACGGACGACUGUUCGGAACGAGAAGAACAACAGAUGAAUGUUAUUUCCUGGAACGCCUGGAGUCGAACAACUACAACACAUACCGAUCCCGGAAAUAUCCCGACUGGUACGUGGCUUUGAAGAGAACAGGCCAGUAUAAAUCGGGUUCAAAGACCGGCCCGGGUCAGAAGGCCAUCCUGUUUCUGCCCAUGUCAGCCAAGUGCUGAUGGAGAGAUGCUGUCAAACCUGAAAGGAGACCGACAGACCACUGACGCAGACGCGCUUCUAACCAACCCUACGCCAAGACACCGAUGAGCUCAUCCGGACGGGUGCAGAUUCUUCACCCUGUCUGGAAAAAACGCUUCCCUUCAGCAUUUCUAUCUAGGAACGCUUCCCAAACAGAUGUACUUGGAGAGCAUUACAGCGUUUAUUUGUUCGUGUUCAGUCACCCUGGAGAUAUCAGCAAUAUCCUCAGAAGAGCCUCUGCGUUUUUGUCAAUUCCGACAGGCGCGCUCGAGCCAACGCCACGGCCCCAAAUCCCACCGAUACGCUCUCCGAUCCAACUUUCCGAAAUACACUAUUAUUCCACUUGAUUCCCUCAAGCAGGGCAGUAGGGUUGGUUUGAAGAGUUCACCGAUCUGCACUAUACGCUCUUGAAUUCGUGACUGCGUUUCUCGCAGAAAUGUUUUUAGUACGGCUACAAAAUGUGAGUUUACUUUAAUGCUGCUCCUUUAUGUAAAACGCUUGUAUAUGCAAGUAUUUCUAUACUGUAUUUUAGAUGAUGAGGGGUUUUGCAAACACUUUAAUGAAGGGAUUCCGAGUACACCAUGAAUGUUUUUCAUAAUACUUUAUUCUCUUUAUUACAUAUAUCGACUUAGCUGAGAAAAAUAAUUUCUAUUCAAUUCAGUUGCAUCAUUUCCGCAAGUAACAGAUUAACAGUAGCCGUUUUUAAGGUAACUUUGAGAAAUCAGAAAUGUUUCCCUUAUUAAAAAAUCCAAAACCUCCAGGCAGAUGCGUUUUUAGGUAUGUUUUUAGGCGAGGUAAUGUAUUAUAAAAUUCAGAAACUAAAACUGGUCCUUCUGCAACACACUCUUGAAAAUAAAGGCUCGUCAAUAGAACAAAGAAAUUUAGUCAAGAACCACUUUGACAUUUAAUCAGCUUUUAAAAAUACUCCAUUUGUGAACCUGGACCACAAAACCAGUCUUUAGUAAAAGGGGUAUAUUUGUUGCAAUAGUCAAAAAUACAUUGUAUGGGUCAAAAUUAUUGAUUUUUAUGCCAAAAAUUAUUAAGAUAUUAAGAUCAUGUAAGUAUAUCAAAACUUAAUUUUUGAUUAGUAAUAUGCAUUGCUAAGAACUUCAACAACUGUGAAGGCGAUUUUCUCAUUGUUUUGAUUUUUUUGCACCCUCAGAUUCCACAUUUUCAAAUAUUGUCCUAUACUAACAAACCAUACAUCAAUGGAAAUUUUGAAAAAUUAUUUUUAUGUUACCAUUAUGACGGGUUUUGUGGUCCAGGGUCACAUUUAUUAAAGCCCUUUUUAAAAAAUAAACAAAAGAAACUACAAAUUUAUGAUGUGAAUCUCAUGAAGAAAUUAUGUGUAAAAUAAAGAAAAUUAAGUCUAGUUUUAGAGCCAAGAUUUUCUGCCAUUAUUGUGAGAAAUGCCCAGAUAUUAGAAAUACUAUCAUGAUAUAUAUUUCAUUCAAAAGUCUAAAUAAUAUUGUAUAUAAU